AGUUCACGGUGCAGCCAGCCGCGUAUAUUUAUCUAACUAUAAAGUACAGAAUUACCUCAAGCAGCCUUUAAAGGGAUGGUUUAUGUAUUGUUUUUAUCGGGUACAUCUCUAGUUGUGCGUCUUUUCUUGCGUUUGCCGACGGAAAUGAACAUUUAGUUGUCAACGAUGAACUUCCCCUCUUGUAAAGCUUCUUCUACAAUAUUUCACCAAAAAAAUGCUCAGCCUACAAGAGAAAAAAAACAGUGAGAACAUGAAUGAUCCAGAACCCUGCAAAAUAAAACAUGAAGAUACUGAGGAACAAAGAGAUCUGAUGGAUGACAAGGAGAGUGAAGAACUUAGAGAAGCAAAGGAGAAACAUGUCAAAGCUGGUGAAAAUUUUUCAAGUUGCUUACAGACUGAAAGUAAUUUAUUGAGAAAAUCUUUCACCUCGCCUCAGUGUGGGAAGAGUUUCACAGAAAAUGUAAUCCUGAAGAGACAGACGAUAAUCCACACUGGAAAGAAGCGCCACACAUGUGAUCAGUGUGGGAAGAGUUUCACAAGAAAAAGAGGCCUUAAUGUACACAUGAAAAUCCACACUGGAGAGAAUCUGCACACAUGUGACCAGUGUGGGAAAACGUUCUUAGUACAAAAAGCCCUUAAGGAACACAUGAAAAUCCACACUGGAGAGAAGCCGUACACGUGUGAUCAGUGCGGGAAGAGUUUUGCACAUGUAAGCAGUUUUAAAUCACAUGUGCUUUCUCAUUCUGGAGAAAGACCAUAUAGCUGUGAUCAAUGUGGUAAAUCAUAUUUUUCAGCAAAAUCCCUGAAGAUCCACCUGAACGUUCAUUCAAAGGAAAAGCCUCACUUGUGUUCUUUGUGUGGGAAGAGUUUUAGUCUGCUGAGAGCUUUGAAAUUACACCAGAAAAGACACAGUGGUGUGAAGAAUCAUGUGUGCUUUGAUUGUGGGAAGACCUUUAUUACAGAUGCUGAAGUGAAAAGGCAUCAGAGGAUCCACACAGAAAAACCUUACAAGUGUUCUCACUGCGACAAGAGAUUCAAAUGGUCAGAAGCCAUGAAAAAACAUGAGAGGAUCCACACUGGAGAGAAGCCAUUCAAGUGUUCACACUGCGACAAGAGAUUCAGUCGUUUAGGAACUCUUAAAACACACGAGAGAGUCCACACUGGAGAAAAACCUUACAAGUGUUCACACUGUGAGAACAGUUUCAGUCAGUCAGUAAACCUGAAAAGACAUGAGAGGAUCCACACUGGAGAGAAGCCGGAUCACUGCCCUCCUCCACGAGGGAAGAGUUUCACUCAUUUAUCUUCUUUACAACAAGCGUCAGGACAACGAAACAUCAUCUUUUCUUUUAUUUUAGACCUGAUGAAAGAGAACGAGGAGAGUGAAGCAAAGGAGAAACAUCAUGAUAUCAAAACUGAUGAACAUUUUUUGAGUCACUUUAAUUUCCUGAAAAGAAGAGACAAAAAAUCUUUCACCUGCCCUCAGUGUGGGAAGAGUUACACCGAACAAGGAAGCCUGACGAGACACAUGAGAACCCACACUGGAGAGAGGCACACAUGUGAUCAGUGCGGGAAGAGUUACACAGAUAAAGGAAACCUUCAGGUUCACAUGAGGAUCCACACUGGAGAGAAGCAUGCAUGCGGUCAGUGUGAGAAGAGUUUCACAUACACACAGAGUCUUAAACUUCACAUGAGAAUCCACAGUGGAGAGAAGCCACACAUAUGUAAUCAGUGCGGAAAGAGUUUUUUACAAAAAGGAGGCCUUCAGGAUCACAUGAAAAUCCACACUGGAGAGAAACCGCACACAUGUGAUCAGUGUGGGAAGGGGUUUGCAAAAAAAGGAUCCCUUAAGGAACACAUGAGGACCCACACUGGAGAGAAGCCGCACACAUGUGAUCAGUGUGGGAAGAGUUUCAGAAAGGUAUGCAGUUUAAAAUCGCAUCUGCGUUCUCAUUCUGGAGAAAGACCGUUCUACUGUGAUCAGUGCGGCAAAACAUUUCUUAGGGCAGAUGCGCUGAAGGACCACAUGAAAGUUCAUACAAAGGAGAAGCCUUACGUGUGUUCUUUGUGUGGAAAGAGUUUUAGUCACUUGGGUACAUUAAAAUUACACCAGAAAAGACACAACGGUGUCAAGAAUCAUGUGUGCAUUGAUUGUGGAAAGACUUUUGUUAGAGAUGGUGAACUGAAACUGCAUCAGAGAAGUCACACUGGUGAAAGACCUUACAAGUGUUCUCACUGCGACAAGAGAUUCAGUCGAUCAGAACAUCUGAAAAACCACGAGAGGAUCCACACCGGAGAGAAGUCGUACCACUGCCCUCCGUGUGGGAAGAGUUUCACUUAGGGGAAGUUGUGGCCUAAUGGUUAGAGUCGGACUUGUAACCCGAAGGUCGUGGGUUCGAGUCUCAGUACCGGCAGGAAAUGUAGGUUGCCUUGAGCAAGACACCUAACAAUCGCUACCCAGGCGACGCAGCAAAAAAGGCUUCCCUCUGCUCCGGUUGUGUGUGCGAAUUCUGUUCAUCUGUUUAAAUGAAAGUUUAUCGAUGGCCCUGUUUACACCUGGUAUUAAAAUACAUUUUGGUAGAUCAGAUCACAUGUAGACGCGGGAAACAUACCCGUUUACAUCUGGUGUUUUAAUCUGUCUCUUUUGUCAACUUUCGACACUUCUGUCCUGAUCUCUUUGAGGGGAGGUUAAAUGUAUGAGCCUUUUCAGAUCUUUUGAUCUAAUGGACAAAAUAAGCUUGCUUAAUUUACAUAUGAACGUGAACGGAGACGAAUAUACGUAUACGGAGAGCAGCAACUUUCAUUUGCUCUGACAGCUGCAAGACCACGCUGAACAU